GAUGACGUGUCAUUUCCUGAUUGGUUAGGUUCAUCGUGAAAGACUUUGAAGCUUAAUCGUCGCGACCGAGAAAGAGAGAACUCAUUUCUAUCUUCCCCGGAGAAAAAAAAACUCAGCCAUGGCUUCACCGUCAGAUCCCACCGAUUCCUCUCGAGAUCCAGCUACAGACCCAGAUACUCUUCCCACGAACCCUAACCCACCGCAGAAACCCACCGUAGAGCAAGGAGGCGAAACCCUAAACCUAGAAUCAACCCAGAGAGAUCUCGAGGCCGUAGAUCAGCAGCCAGAUCCAUCGAUCGAAGAAAGCAAGAACGAAGACGACGAAACUGACGCAGCACAAGCCGUAACCUCUUCUAAUUACCGCCGCGGAGGUGGGCCGAAGAAGAAGAAAGGGUUUCUCAAGAAACGUAAGCAGCAAGAGAAGUCAAGGGAGAAGCUUGAGGUACUCUUGAAAACCCUAAAGCCCAUUCCUUUCGUCCCAGCUAAAGCCCUAGACUUUUCUCGCCACGAGAAGCUGCUGAAGACGUUGGGGAUCUGGGAGUUUCUUCACUUGGAGUUCGACCAAAACAUCCGACAGGAUCUUGUUGCGAACCUUGUUGCUUAUUACAGUCCUGAGAGUAGGUGUAGCUAUGUGAAUGGGUCUAGGGUUAAUGUUACUCGUGCUGAUUUGGCUCGAGCUUUGAAGCUGCCUAAGAAGAAAGACAUUGUGGUUGCUGAGGAGGAGAGGGAGGUUUUGGAGAGGGAUGAGUCGGCUAAGUUUGUGGAUGAGAUUUUGGAGACUUGGGUGCUGCUUCAUACUGAUGAUAUGUGGAUUAUGCCUGUGGAGGUGGUUGAAUGGGGGAGGGAUGUAAAGGAGAAGAAGUUGGAGAAGCUUGAUUGGGCUGCACUGCUAUGGUUCAUGGUUGAGAAAGAGCUGAAAGCUGGUCCUGAGCUCGGUGAUUGUUUCUUUGCUUCGCAUCUGCAGCUGUUGAUCAGAAGCCAGAAAGAAGAUUUACUUAGGGAAGAAUCUAAUGAUGAUGAGGAGGAUGAUGUUAAGGAGGUUGAGGUUUUGGUAAAGUCUCCAAAGGAAGAUUGUUUGGAGGUUAAGGAGGAGGAUGAUGAUGUUAAGGAGGUUGGUGUUGUGGUGAAGUCUCCAAAGGAAGAUAGUUUGGAGGUUAAGGAGGAGGAAGAUGUUGGUGCUGCAGAUUCAGGAAGAGAUAAUUGUGCCACUGAUGCCACUGAAUUAAAGGAAGAAGAGACUUAUGUGGAAGAACAUAUGAUUGAACUGAAUCUCGGGCAAGAGACUGUGUCUGAAAUGGUCGCUGAGGAGGAGCAGCAAGGUCCUGUUGAGGAACAGCCAAUGGAUGUUGAGGAAGAUAAGAAGGAAGAGGUUGAAAAGUGGUCGUGGAAUGACGACACUCAUGCUGGUUCUACUUCCCAUUUUCUUCGCCACUGUGAUCUUAGUAUCGCUACAGAAGGAGACGAAGAGAACAACAUAGAAGGGCCCAUGGAAAUGGGAGAAGACGAACAGAUUGAAGAUCUUGAGGAAGAGGAAACUGAGGAAGAUAAAGAAAGGCAUGAAGGAGGGUUUCCCUUUUUCCCAAAUGGAGACUCACUUCAUGGAGAUGGCAUGUUAGGAGAUGUAUCUCCCUUACGUUUUGCCUCUGGGUUACAGAUGCACGGCAACUCAACUGGUGGUCAUUUCCUUGCUUCUAGGGUUGACAUGCAUAUGGCUAUGGGCUCAGGUAGUAACACCAACAACAAGAGGCAGAUUGAUCAUGAGAAUGAUAUGUCUUAUCACAACCCUGACGGUAAGAGGAUGAGGACUGAAGAGCCGUCUUGGGAUGAAAAGCCGCAACCAGUUGAGGUAUGCGUGGAUCAGAUUGUGCUGUGGGCUGAGAAAGCUAGGAUGUCAUGUGCUCAAAAGGAUCGAGAGCGUGCACAGUCUGCGAUGAACCAGGAGUAUCUGAUGAGCGAGCUGCAAAGAAAAGAUGAAAUGAUUCAUGAUCUUGAAAGAAGCAAGUACGAGGAGCAACAGAGGAAAGAUCUAAUGAUCUAUAGGCUUGAGAGUGAGCUUAGGAUGAUGACAAGUGUGUUAGAAGGAUACAGGAAGGCUUUGAAAGAAACCAAAAAGGCGUCAAACGAGCACAGGAAGCGUUGCCCUUUGCGUGAUGAUAAACCUGUCUACAAGGAUGUUAAGGGCUCUGGAGGUUUAGUUCUGAGCGUUGCUGAAAUUGAGAAGCUGAGAUUGAAGCGAGAAGGGGAAGACAAGAUGACACGAGCUCGAAUAGAGAGACAGAUCGAGGAGUUUGGAAGUGAAUGGUUUAAAGUGUUUCAAGAGCAAAUGGAUGCUGUGGAGUCGCUAAACGAGAGAUUGAUCGUGGUUGAAAAUGAAGUGAAGAUAUGUAGAGAAGCACUUUCGGAAAGCAAGAAUGAUGAGCCUUUCGAAGCUGUUACUGCUGAUGCUGCUACAGAAGAGACAUGAGAUGCUGUUAAGGUUUCUGCAAAUCAGUGAAGCUUUUGAAGAACAGAUAUUAUUUUAGCUUCGUUUUGUAUGAUGUAGACGAUGUUGAUUUAAUCUCUUUAAUCUCGUUCUAGGAAAUGUAAUCAACGGUUGUGAUCAAUUCCAGUCUUAAUUAGCACUACAUUGUAUCAACAUUUAGUCAUCUUUGAGACUUGUUAAGCUAGUGCUAAACAACUUCAAAUCUGUUGUCAGA